AUGUCUUUAAUUAAAGUGAAAUUAUCAUUUAGUGGUGGAAUGGAAUUAUUGUUUAAUAACACUAAACAAAAGCACAUAGAAAUAUCAUCAACGAUCAAUCCACCAAAUGCAACUACCAUGAAAGAUUUGAUAUUAUGGAUAAGAGAAAAUUUGUUAAAAGAACGUCCAGAAUUAUUUAUGAGUGGAGACACCGUUCGACCUGGCAUAUUAGUAUUAAUAAAUGAAACGGAUUGGGAAUUAGAAGGUGAAUUAGAAUAUGAAAUUAAAGAUGGUGAUGAUAUUGUCUUUAUAUCUACAUUACAUGGUGGAUAG